AUGAAUGGCGAGAUGAUUGAGAACGCCAUCAGGAGUGGGAAGAUCGAUGCGGGAGAGAGUAAGAGAAGAUCAGCUCCGAAGAGGAAGGAAAACGAGGUGAACAACGCGAGUAUGUACAACAAGGGUUACUCGAAGUCAGUAACAGUGAGUCAGCCAGGAAAAGUGGCUGCCAAUCAGCAAAGCUUGUCGAGACAAGAGGUCGGUACAAGGCGAAAUACUAAGAGGCUCCAAUUCACGCCAAUUCCUAUGUCGUACAAGGAACUAUACCGAAACUUAUUUGACGCACACGUAGUUUCCCUUUUCUAUCUAAAGCCCUUGCAGCCCCUGUAUCCCAAAUGGUACGAUGUGAAUGCACAAUGCAACUAUCAUGCGGGGACAACAGGGCAUUCCAUAGAAAACUGUACGGCCUUUAAGAGGUUGGUAGAAAGGCUCAUUGGUAUGAGUGUCGUUAAAUUUGAUGACUCGACCAUGGUAGAAAAUCUGUUACCGAACCACACUGACAAUGGGGUAAAUAUGAUGGGCGAGGACAGAAGAAUCAAGACAGACAUUGCGGAUGUGAAAACUCCUUUGAGAUGGGUCUGGAAGGAGAUGGUGAAAAGGGGACUAGUCGUCUCAGAAGGAAGCUGUGAAAAGAGGGGGAACUACUGUGAGUUCCACCAUGAAGUGGGGCAUGAAACUCAAGAGUGUACGGAGUUCAGAGCUAUGUUACAAGGCAUGAUGGAUAAUAGGAAGAUGAAAUUCUGUGAAGGGGUUCAAGAGGAGAACCAUGUAUGCGCGUCAGAGUUGGCAUUGGGAGUUCCGAAGGCUAACCAUCCUGUGGUUAUUAUCUCGCGACCUCAAAAUAGUGAGGUUGGGGCACGAAUAACACCAAAAGUAAUCAUUCAAAAACCGACUGUGUUUGCAUAUAAGGAUAACAGGAGGGUUCCUUGGAAUUACGAUUGUAAUGUGACAAUCCCGGGGAAGGAGGAUAUAAUCAGUAAAGAGGAUCAGGAUGAAGAAAGGCACUGUGAACAGAUGAAAGAUCGAGUAGAGCCAAUAAGAGAAGAAACUUCAGUUGGAAGGAAGAAGAAGGCGGUCGAGCCUGAAUUAUUGGUCAAUGAACCAAUCAAAGAGGAGGAAGCUAGAGAGUUCUUGAAGUUCAUAAAGCAUAGCGAGUACAGUGUUGUGGAACAGCUGCACAAACAACCAGCUCGCAUAUCUGUGCUAGCUUUACUCCUGAACUCGGAGGGACAUCGAAAUGCACUACUGAAUGUGCUAAAUGAAACUUAUGUGGCCGACGAUAUCUCUGUUAACAAGUUGGAUCAACUGGUCGGUAAUAUAAGCGCUGAUAAUUUCAUCUCCUUUAGCGAUGAUGAAAUACCACCUGGGGGUAUGGGAUCUACUAGAGCUUUACACAUCACUGCAAGGUGUAAAUAG